UGUCAGUCAGUGAGCGGAGGGGGAAGAUGGCUCGCCGGGACGCGUUCUGUUAGCAGGAAGGGGGGCAGGUGCUGCUGCUACUCGGGAGGAAGCAGAGCAGCCGCGGUCGCUGUCGCCGCGAGUCACACUAGUCGAGGUUCUGAGGUGGAGCUCGGGGAGCCGCUCUGGAAAAAUUUCCUGUAUGAACUUAACAGCUGCCUGUGCAGUCUGCAUUUCUUAAAAAAAGAAAAAAGAAAAAAGGAAAUUUCUCUUUCUUUCUAAAGGUCGAAGGUCUAGAACAGAUGUGGAAAGAUGUUCACUUCAGAAAAAGGGGCUGUGGAGGAAUGGUUGUCAGAGUUUAAGACACUACCAGAAACAUCUUUAUCAAAUUAUGCUACAAAUUUGAAAGACAAGAGUUCUUUAGUUUCAUCUCUGUAUAAAGUUAUCCAGGAACCACAAAGUGAGUUGCUAGAACCUGUCUGUCACCAGCUGUUUGAAUUCUAUCGCAGUGGAGAAGAACAGUUGCUUCGAUUUACACUGCAGUUUCUUCCAGAAUUGAUUUGGUGCUACCUUGCAGUCUCAGCCAGCAGAAAUGUGCAUAGCAGUGGAUGUAUUGAAGCUCUUCUUCUAGGGGUUUACAAUUUGGAAAUAGUUGACAAACAGGGACAUAGCAAAGUAUUGAGUUUUACGAUUCCAUCUUUAUCCAAACCAUCUGUAUAUCAUGAACCUUCCAGCAUUGGGUCCAUGGCUCUGACUGAGAGUGCACUAUCCCAGCAUGGUUUGUCAAAAGUUGUGUACAGUGGACCUCACCCCCAAAGGGAGAUGCUGACAGCACAGAAUAGGUUUGAAGUGUUAACAUUCCUUUUGUUGUGUUACAAUGCUGCCUUAACCUACAUGCCCAGUGUUUCUCUUCAAUCAUUGUGUCAAAUUUGUUCAAGAAUCUGUGUUUGUGGCUAUCCCCGACAACAUGUAAGAAAAUACAAAGGUAUAAGUAGCAGGAUACCAGUUUCUUCAGGAUUCAUGGUGCAAAUGUUAACAGGGAUUUAUUUUGCCUUUUAUAAUGGAGAAUGGGAUCUAGCUCAAAAAGCAUUGGAUGAUAUUAUAUACAGAGCUCAGCUAGAAUUAUAUCCAGAGCCAUUGCUGGUUGCUAAUGCCAUAAAGGCUUCACUGCCUCAUGGUGCCAUGAAAUCUAGUAAGGAGGGUACAAGGUGUAUUCAAGUUGAAAUCACACCAACUUCCUCUCGAAUAUCAAGAAAUGCAGUAACCAGCAUGUCAAUAAGAGGUCAUAGGUGGAAAAGACAUGGAAAUACGGAAUUAACAGGUCAAGAAGAACUGAUGGAGAUAUCUGAAGUUGACGAGGGAUUUUAUUCCAGGGCUGCAUCUAGUACUAGCCAGUCUGGUUUAUCAAACAGUAGUAACAAUUCUAGUAACAAGACAAGUGUAGGAAAGACUCAGAGACGCUCAGCAGGAAGCAAAACUGGAGGAAAAGAAAAAGAAACUACAGGGGAGUCUUGCAAAGAUCACUUUGCCCGAAAACAAACUCAAAGAGCCCAGAGUGAGAAUCUUGAGCUUCUCUCUUUGAAGAGACUGACAUUAACUACCAGCCAAUCUCUCCCUAAACCUUGUAGCCAUGGUUUGGCUAAGACUGCUGCAACUGUGUUCAGUAAAUCCUUUGAACAAGUCAGUGGUGUCACAGUCCCACAUAAUCCAUCAUCUGCGGUUGGCUGUGGGCCUGGGACAGAUGCCAAUAGGUUUUCUGCUUGUAGUCUCCAAGAAGAAAAGCUUAUUUACGUUUCUGAAAGGACUGAACUUCCAUUGAAGCAUCAAUCAGGUCAGCAGAGACCUCCUAGUAUUAGCAUUACUCUGUCCACAGAUUAAUUUGUAAUAGUUUUCCCACCUGACCAGUGGAUCUAGAGAUACGACUUUCCUUCUUUAUUGAAAGAGCCCAGGGUCUGUCAUCCCUAUUCCAGACAAGAGCCCUGAUGUCUUAAGUUCUGAAGGCUACCUUGAUUAUGAAGGGAAUAAUGUGUAGGUUGCAGUAAGUUGAAAUAUGGUUCUGUUAUUUCUUGGGUAUGUUUUCCCCUCUUGAUUUGAGUUUUUUUUUUCCUUUCUUAUUUGUUUUUGUUGCCCUAAGAUUGUCAGUGUAACAGUACAUUUUGGCAAAUUGGUCAGAUUGGUUACAUUUCAUGAGAGGUUGUGAGUUCUUAUUUUUUAAUAACUCCUACUUUGGUGGUUGUGUCUUUGGCCUUUAGAGUCAAAGGGAAUCUCCAUGUAUGGGAACUGUUUUUGAAAGAAGGAGGCAAAGGUACAGCUCUGGGAAAUCAACAGCUGAUGUGAAGCAUAGCAGUCUGAAAAACAGGCACAUGAAAAAAACAAAAAUGAUGUUUAUGAAAAGUGCCUGAUAAAAAUGUUUAUAAUCAGAUUAUCCUUCAGAUUAGUGGAAUUAUUUAUAUGAAGCACUGGAAAAUGCCUACUAACUCAGUACUUAGACUAAUUCUAUAAUUCCAAGGGUUAGGUAGAGGAAUUUCUGUUGUUAUCUUUGGAACAUUUUUAUAUUAAAAGAUUGCUAGUAGAUGUGUAGUUUUGAAGUAUUUGAUCUGGAUUUAGGAGGUGAAAAUCCCCUUCAAUUCUAAAAUGUAAUAAGCUAUAAAGCUGACUUUCCCUGCUCCUUGACUUUGGAAACCCUAGGUAGGUUGUUUACCUAUAAUUCAAAGCACACAUCAUUGACGACUUCCUGGAAAUCAUUGAAAAUCGUGCAACACAGCUCUCAAGAUACCAAUGUCAACUAUAUAAUACUGAAUUGUUUGUUGGAAAAUGAAGGAUAUUAGGUAAAUUUUUUGUUUAUAAAAUGUCAUAAAAGAAAAUAUAGAGAAAUAUGGACAAAGGACAUUUAUAUAUUAAGUAAUUUAGGUUAUUUGUAUUUGUGUUCUUAAAAUUAUAAAAUGUGAAAAAAAAGUUUUGUUUGUGAACAGGCCUAUUUUAAAUAUUGUUAUGAUAGAAUAAUCAAUGUAGUUGCCCCCAACCAAAAAAUAAAAAUUAAAAAGGCAAAAUGGCAGAAGCUAAACAAACCAGUAUGUACUAUGGAGAACCAUGUGACCUCUAGAUAGACAUAAAAGUUUGGUGUUUGCUAGUGGUGGUCAUUUUGGCUAUGGUUGAGGUUCUCUGUAAAUUAAGUAUACUUAACUAAUAAGUCAGAGGGAGAGAGAGAGAAAGCAAGAAUGAGGAUGAGAGUAAGUUGAUUAGGAAGGAAGACCUAGGACAUCCCCUCUUUGUCUUUUUCACUGUUAGUACACAGUAGUUUCCUUAUUCCCAGUCCCUAGCUGUGGUCACACAGAACAUACUAGUUUUCAUUUUGUGCCUGCUUGUGCAGAGCUCAAAUGUAAAAAAUUUGUAUGUCCUGAGGAGUACUAAAUCAUACACCAUGAAUGUAAUUUUGACCGUAACUGCUUUGGCUACCAUUUUAAAUCUAGUUCUUAAAAAAAGCAUGAACUAGUUUUUAUUCAUUAAUUCUGAAUAGAAUAUGGUUUUUAAUAUAAGUGAAUUUGAGGUUUUUAGUUCCAGUAAUAGAAAUGGAAUAAGAUCUAUUGGUAUAUAUUCUAAUAGUUUAAAAAAAAAGACAACUAGGCAGUGAAAGUUGAAACUGUAUUGAUUUAACAGGAAUCCUGUGUACAAUUUAAAAUAUUUUAAGGGGAUCCCUGGGUGGCGCAGCGGUUUGGCGCCUGCCUUUGGCCCAGGGCACGAUCCUGGAGACCCGGGAUCAAAUCCCAUGUCGGACUCCCGGUACGUGGAGCCUGCUUCUCCCUCUGCCUGUCUCUGCCUCUCUCUCUCUCUCUCUCUCUCUGUGACUAUCAUAAAUAAAUAAAUAAAUAAUUAAAAAAUAUUUUAAAAUGUCACUGUGAAUUUCCUAUUGUCUUUUUGUAAUCCUUUAACAAAGAAUUUCCCCUAAGCAUGUAGCUACUAAUAGUAUUGAUAGUCUUAAGAACUAAUUUAGAAGAUUGACAUUUUAAGCAAGUUAAAGUGCUUAGGAAACUUGUAGAAUAAGAUUGAGGAAACAGCUAGCACAAAUGAGAGAUCAGAUUUUAAUGAUCAACUGCUGUAAUGAUCUUCAUUUUGGUAUUAUUCUAGAUCAUUGCUUCUCCUAUGGUCUGAGGACCAGUAGUAGUUGGCAUCACUAGGGCAUCUUGUUAAAAAUGUAGAAUUUCAGAGCCUCUUUCGAUCUAUUGAAUCAUAGUCUGCUUUUUAACAAGAUCAUCAAGUGAUUUUUAUGCACGUUAAAGUCUGAGAAGAGAGUAUCAAAGUACAAAUUACCUAAUAUUUAGAAUUCUCAGUGUCUCACAAUCCUAGAUCAAGUAUGUUAGGUACUAAAUAUCGUAAUCUUCAUUGUUUUUAACAGCCAAUGAAUUUUUUAAUAGUGCCCAUGAUACUUAUUAGAUUCUUUAAUUCUAAAUUUUUAAUGAUUUUCAUUUAUUUUUACAAUAAAAUGUAACAUUUUAUAUUUUUCUUGUUAACUAUAAAUGGAAUCAGCUACAGAUGCCUACAAUUUUAAUGAAAAGGGUACCACCCUUUUAUACAAUGCAGAACAAAUCUGCAUGUGUAUAUUCUUUUAAAAACUCUGAAGGCUUACUUAGUGGAGUGGAUCUGAAUUUUUGCUUCAAAUAAUUUGUAACAGUUGAUUUUCUGGGAUGCAAAGCUAUGUUAACAGUAAAAUUAUUUUAUAGUACCUUUGAUACUGUUUCAAGUGAGGAUUAUACAUUUGAAAAUUUUUAUAGCAAUUAUUAAUAUUGGAUAAUGCUAAUCCCUUUACUCUCUUCCCAUUCAUCUUUCCAUAUUGAGUUGAAGUCAUAUUUGUAGGUUGUUUUCUUAUGAAAAUCCUAGAUGUAGCCAUUUGGUCACAGAUCUCCUACAUAUCCAGAAUAAUACCCUUUACCACAAGAAGAAUUCUGCCCCAGAAUGGGUCCUUAUACCCCAUACUUCGAAAGAUCUGAACAGAAAUUGUAGUUCCAUUCCACAGUUUAAGCCAUUAGAGGUUCUUGAAAUUACCCAACCUCUUACUCUUCAAAUACCCAACUACUGGGAUAUUCUAUUGAAGCUGGGCCCCAGCAUUUGCCUUUGGAAUGAAGUAGGGAGAGAAACAAAGUAGAAUUUUCAAGAGGAUCCAGGACAGUUGAGCACCCUGGAAUCCCUUGUACACCACCAUGGAACUUUUUAAGGCAGCUCUGUAGACUUGAGGGGUAGAAAUCCUCAGUCCUUAAAUGAUGACAAUUUGUUUUGAAAAAGCAAUAUUUCAUGGCCAUUUUCAAUUAUGAAUCAACUGCUUAGCAAACAUUACCUACAUAAAAACAAGUUGAAUUAAAGGGAAAUAUAUUUUUUAAACCAAAAUAGAUAAAAACAAUCUCAGUUUUAAGGGAUUAUGCCUAUUUGGGAAGAAAAAAUUAAAAUGUUAAAACUUUUACAUUUAAAUUAUAAGAGAAAAAAUGUACUCUGAAACAUAAUUUUAAACAAAUAUUUAAAAUAAGGCUGUUUAACAUUUGAGUCUAUAGGCACAAUAAAUUUACACUUUAUUAAAGGGAAGCACAUCAAGGAAUCUAUGGUAAAUAAUGUGACUGAAAAAAUGUUUUUAAAAAAGCCAUUUAAAAGAAGGAUAAUAAUUUGAUGGGUAUAUAAAUUAAGCAUUGUAGAUAGAAAUUAAUGUAAAAUAGUAUCAACCCAACCUUUGGAUGAAAAAUAAAAACUCACUAUUUCUUUAAUUAGCAUGAAUUUAUACUUUUAGAUUAGUUGCUUAGUAAAAUUAUACUCAGUGCUUUGAGUUAUUCACAUUUAUGUUUAAUUUUGUUAAAUUCUUUAUCAGAACAUAAAUAUGUUGUCUUCUGUACUUUGUAAUUUGUGCAUAUCUAAAGAGACUAGCAGUGAACAUUUUGGAAGAUGUUUUUGUGUGUUUUUUUAAUAGUAGAGUUCUAGAGUACUUGUGUCUUGAUAUGAAGUUUCUAUUAGUAAACUCAAGAUCUUAUUUUGCAUACCUUUGCUUCCUCUAAUGUGGAGUUUUUUGUGUACCUCUUAUCUUCUAAUCAUAUAGUGAUACUAAUCUUUUCAUAGUAAAUAUACUUGUUUCUAAUUGUAUUCCUAGAGUUUACAUUCCUGAAGAAUAAACUAUGACUUUGCAUAUUUUUAUGUGCUCCCUACCUUUUUAAGGCUAUGGAAAUAAACUGGAGUUUAGCUUUUUGAAGUUUUGUAUAUUUGUGUAAAUGUUGUUCAUAUGCAAUACUUUAUACAGCAGUGUUGCCUUUUGUUUUAUUGAAAAUAAAAACUGAAAAAAUA